GACCCGCCAGGGCUGAUUUUGUGACGAUGUUUUAGGCUAAGAUCUGAACAAAUUUCCCCCUCAGACAUCCUGAAUUUGACGUCAGGAACCCUCCAAAUGGCGACACGACUUUCCUAACGACGUGCCCGAUUCUAGGAACGGCGGAAAGAGCGAGCAGAGCGGCCAGGAUUUGAGGAAAAGGACCGUUCUUUCGGCUUAGUAGCUGUGCGGGUUCGGAACUGUAGUCCUUCCGGCCAUUUUUUCUCACGGGUCGAGUAUAGAACCUAAACCGGGCCACUCUACUGCCAACCAGAACAUCUUUCCCCACCAAAAUCCUGAAAAUGUGCGUGAAAAAUCCCUCCCUACGGAUCCAGUAGGACCUUAAAGGGCUGUACAAGGAAAUCAGGGAGAACUGAGGACGGUUUUGCCGGGGUUUUGCGUGGUUUUAGGCCGGUAGUAGUUCCAGCAUCCAUGCCCGUCACACAGAUUUCCGUGGUCCCGGCAAGGGAGAAUAGCCGGACAAGCAUCGGGAAGUCGGACUCUCUGCCAAAGAGGGAAGCCAGUCGGUCCAGUCUGUCUAAGGCCAGCACGCCCACGUCCAGCCAUGCUCCCCGCAGCCAAUCACGGGCCUCGAUGGCCUCGUCCAUGGCGGACAUCUGCAGAAUAUGUCACUGUGAAGGAGAGAGCGAAAACCCGCUCAUGUCACCCUGCCACUGCUCGGGGAGCUUAAGGUUUGUGCACCAGGCAUGUCUGCAGCAGUGGAUAAAGAGUUCCGACACCAAAAGCUGUGAGCUGUGCAGGUACAACUUUGUCAUGGACUCCAAACUCAAGCCCUUCAGAAAGUGGGAGAAGCUGCAGAUGACGUCCAGCGAGCGGCGUAAGAUCGUGUGUUCUGUCACGUUCCACGCGAUCGCCAUCACCUGCGUCGUCUGGUCUCUCUACGUCCUGAUCGAUCGCACUGCCGAAGAAAUCCGCCAGGGGGUUCUGGAGUGGCCGUUCUGGACUAAGCUGGUCGUCGUAGCGAUCGGCUUCACGGGAGGUCUGGUGUUCAUGUACGUGCAGUGUAAGGUGUAUGUUCAGCUGUGGAGGAGGCUUAAAGCCUACAACAGGGUGAUUUACGUACAGAACUGUCCGGAGGGCGGAGACAACAGCGCCGCGAACAGCCUCCCCAGGAAUAAGAGUGUGUCGCCGGUACCAAACGGGGUGGCUGUCAUGGAGGACUCCCAGACUGCAACAUCGCAGGAUGCUGGACAGAACGCGUAGUUUGCACCGUUUCUAGCCGUGUUGCCAUAGUUACUGAGGAAUUUCACCAAAUUUAUAUAUUAUUAUAUUUCUGUCAUGAGAGGAUGGAAUGAAGAGAGCUUUCCGAAGGACCAUAGUUACGGAGGAAUUUCACAAAAUUUAUAUAUCAUUAUUACAACGUGGAUGGAAUGAGGAUCUAGCUGUCCGAAGGACCAUACAGUCAUGUAGUUAUCAAGGAAUUUCACCAAAUUU